UAUAUUAUACAAGUAAGGUCAGGAACCGGACUAAACAAGCAGCAAGCGGCACUGUUUGGUGACCGGAGCCGUGAAUAUCUUCCUGCAGUUGGAGCUUCAUACUGAUGUUGUCUGCUUGUCGAAAUCUUCCAGAAAACCCUGUACAUUUGAGAGUUAUUUAUCAACUUAAAGCACCGGAAUAAAGAAGCCAUGUUUAGUCAAGGUUCCCUUGAUACUGCCAAAUCAACGGCGUACGUGGAAGAUUACUUGGACUGCAUAGAAUCGCUGCCAAACGAUUUGCAGCGUAACGUGUCACAAAUGCGGGAAGUGGACAGUUUGUAUCAAUCCAUUCUUAAAGAGAUUCGGCAACACUAUGAGACACUGAGCAACAAGGAGCUGGACCCGGCUGCACGCCGUCGAUGUCUGCUUCAGAUGCAGCGUGCUCUUGUACGCAGCCAGGAACUUGGUGAUGAAAAGCUUCACCUGGCAUCACAGAUAGUGGAGCUGACUGAAAACCGUCUCCGACAGAUGGAGACUAAUUCUGACAGCUUGAUCAUCAGGGAACGCCUAGAACAACAACGUGCCCAAGAAGCCAGCAAAGUCAACAUCAAGUCUGCAUACAGCAAACCUGGUUAUACCAAACCUGGUUAUAAUAAACCAGGGUACACUAAGCAAGGCUACAAUAAACCAGGUUAUGGCAAACCGGGUUAUGGCAAACCAGGCUAUGGGAAGGCAGCUUACAACAAGGUCGUCAAGAAAGUUGUGGAGAACAACCAGGAGAAGGCAAUGAAGCGUCCUAGGAGACAACGCAGCCACGACAACGGCAAAGAGAAGGAGAUGGAAGUGGUCACCAGUGAAAUUGUCAAGCCAGCAAAGAAGAAGAAGAGGUCAAAAGUCAACAAGGCAGAGAGAGCAGCUUCUCCCAUCGAUCCUCCUAUCGACCCCAACGAACCUACAUAUUGUCUCUGUAACCAGGUCUCCUAUGGAGAAAUGGUUGGAUGUGACAAUAAGGACUGCCCUUUUGAAUGGUUCCACUUUGGUUGUGUGGGACUGACCCUUAAGCCCAAGGGAAAGUGGUACUGUCCAAGAUGUCGACCGGCACAAGACGCAAAAAAGAAGUAGCAGCAGCUGUGCUCACACUUCAGCUAUUUUUUGUAGUAUAUGUCAAUAGUAAUUAAUUGUACAUAUAUAAUAUUCUAAUCUGAAUUUAUUUCACUUUUCAAGACAGUUUCCAAAUUAAAAUAGAGAAAAAAAUUGCAAGAACAAGGAAUGACAUCAUUUCAUAACACAGUGAAUGUGUUUCAGGCAGAGUUCAAGUACUGGUGCAGUGCAUUUGUUGGAGUUUCUCACCAUAAGUCGCACAAACAGUGUACAUGUGUUCUCAAUCAUACUGUUUUGCAAUAAUUUAAUGUUUGACAUAUUUUGGGGUCAACUUUGUUCACAUGGGCACAUGUAAAUUUAAAGGAACCAGGAAAUAGAAAUAUUUUUAUAAAUUUUACUAAAAACCCUUGAAAUUGCA